GCAACCCGCCUCUCUAUGGCGGAGCGGCCCCAGUGUCCCGCCUCUCCUUGGGGGCCCGCGGUGAGCCGCCGUGGGACCGCGGCUGCCGGCCUGGCUGAGGGGAGCGCGGCCUCCCCCCCCCCCCCCCCGCCACCAUGGUUCCCGCGGAGGGAGACGGCGCCUUCCCUCCUGCCGCGGCCCCCGGAGAGGCGGCAGCGUCCGGAAGGGGCUCUGGUCAGCAGAAACAGGCAACCGUUCUUCGUUCAUUUGAGUGCAGGCUGUCCGAGGAGAUGCAUACUACGGGGCUGCGAUCCCUUUGCACAGACCCAGCGCAGCAAACUGCAGCACCGCCGUGCACGAAUUAACCAACAGAUCAACAAGGAGAUGAGAAUGCGAGCUGGGGCAGAAAACCUCUUCAAGGCCACAAGUAAUCACAAAGUAAAAGAAACAGUAGCCUUGGAGCUUAGCUAUGUUAAUUCCAAUCUGCAGUUAUUGAAGGAGGAACUAGAAGAAUUGAACAGUUCUGUGGACGUGUACCAGAAUGACAGUGAAUCUAUCAGCGUCCCUAUGAUUCCUUUAGGGCUAAAGGAGACUAAGGAAAUGGAUUUAAUGGCCCCAUUAAAGGAUCUCGUCUGUGAACAUUAUGGGGAAGAUGGCAUCUCAUUUGAAAAGGAAAUCAAAGAGCUCAUGGAGCUGCGGCAGGCCAUGCGGACUCCCAGCCGGAAUGAGGCAGGGCUAGAACUUCUGAUGGAAUAUUACAACCAGCUUUACUUUCUUGACAACAGAUUCUUCCCUCCCAAUAAAAACUUGGGUGUCUUCUUUCACUGGUAUGACUCACUAACUGGAGUCCCUUCCCAUCAGCGCGCUCUGGCUUUUGAGAAGGGAAGCGUGCUUUUCAACAUUGGAGCUCUGCACACCCAGAUUGGGGCAAGGCAGGAUCGCACGACCCUGCAAGGGGUCGACCGGGCUAUAGAUGCUUUUCAAAAGGCAGCCGGUGCCUUUAACUACCUGAAGGAGAACUUCUCCAACGCCCCCAGCCUGGACAUGAGCACUGCCUCGCUGAAUAUGCUUGUGCGACUGAUGAUUGCCCAGGUGCAGGAGUGUGUCUUUGAGAAGGUCACCCUGACCAGCCGCCAGAAUGACUUCUUCACUCAGCUGCAGAUUGCACAAGAAGCAGCCAGGGUUGAAGAAGUCUAUUCCUUGGUGCAUCAGACCAUGACCCAGGCUCAUGAGGAUUAUGUACCUUUCUCAUCUACCAUGGUCCAUGUCAAAUCUGAGCAUUUCAAGGCCCUCUCCCACUACUAUGCUGCCCAUUGCACUUUGUGACUGUCCUUCCGUUCUGAUGCUGACCUCCCGGAGCACGAAAAGGCCUUUGUCCAGUUCCACGUCACCGUGCCGGAGGGACCAUCGCUUCGUCUUGGUGCUGCAAGACCAGAAGAGCGAAGGAAAUUGGGCAAGGCUCAUUUGAAAAAAGCUAUUAUGCGACACGAGGAAGCCAUGAGGAUCCACAGCCUGUGUAAGAUCCUGAGGAAGAUGGACAUCCUCCAGGAGGUCCUCGCCUUCGCUCACAAGCGCUCGCUUAGCAAAUACUCAGAAAUCGAUCAUGAGGAAGACUUCUUCGAAACCGGAGAUGCUCCCGACAUUCAUCCCAAAACGAAUCAGAGACCAGAAAUAAAGUCUCCCAACUUCUCCCAGGUGAAGGUGACCGACAUCUUCCAUAGACUGGGCCCUCUGUCAGUAUUUUCAGUCAAAAACAAGUGGUGCCCUGCAAGGCAAGUUCACCUGGCCAGAGGGGAAAAUGGCUUUGGAUUGACGCUCAGAGGGGAUUCUCCUGUCCUGAUUGCGGGAGUGAUACCUGGGGGCUGUGCAUCCGAAGCUGGGCUAAAGGAAGGAGACUACAUAGUCUCUGUGAACAGUGAGGACUGCAAGUGGUCCAAGCACGCUGAGGUGGUGCAGCUGCUGAAGAGCAUCGGGGAAGAGGGUGUAGACAUUGGCGUGGUAACCCUGCAGAGUUCCGAUGGACAAAACUUUGCGGACAGGAGGUCGGUAGCCAUGUCAUCGGGGGGGGUGCUGCUGAAGAACAACAAGGAGAAUAGCAGGAAGAGCCUCAUGAACAGCAAGAGCGCCAGCACCUUGCUGGCCUGGAGCAAGAAGAGUAAGCGCAGCAAGAGCAGCGCUUACAGCCUUCCCUUCACCACUGUGGGAGACGAGUCCAUGUACUGAACCCUCGGCCUGGCUGGGUCCCGGCUUAUUGACGUUAACUCUUGGCAUUGACAGGAGGAGAGAGCAGCAGUUACUUGGCACUGGGAGCUACACUGGUGUCAUUGCAG